AUGCUACCUAAAACAGAAUGCUGCUAUUUUCAAGAAAUCAAAGUACAUGUACGUUGCACCCAUGACACCAAUCAAGCUCAUCGAUUCAAUUGUGAUGAAACCCAGUCUUCAAAUCAAAAUGCAGCCAAUGUUUACAAAAAUGAAUACAGCAAUGAAAAACAUAAGAGUUAUGCAAGUGCUUGUAAAGAAACAACAGCAAAUAAAAACUUUGAACAUAAACCGACUUUAACAGAAAGAACAUGUUUACUAACUGAAAUCGACGAGAAUUUAUUCAACCUGUCCAGAGACAUUCCUCUAGCUCUAUGCCUUUCUGAGGAUUUGUGUAUGGAAUCAGGAAUUGCUUGCGAAUUCAAGCGUUAUUUUGGUGGUAUUGGGCAGCUUAGUGAUCAAAAUUUAAAAAUAGGGAACGUUGGUUUGAUUAUUAAUGGCCGUAAUGAAGUCGCAUUUUACUUAAUCACAAAAAAAUAUAACAAUGAUAAAACAACCAAGCAAGCGUUAAUUAUAGCAUUAAAAUCCCUUCUAGAAAAAAUGAAAAUUAUGAAAUUAACUAAGUUAGAACUAUCAAAAAUCGGUUGUAAUUUCGAUGGUCUUGAUUGGCUUGAAGUAAAAACAAUUAUCGCAAGUAUUUUUGCUGGAUCUGGAAUUAGUAUAAGGAUUUGCAUUCCAACAAAAAUAUUCUAUCGUAUACCACCACCGCAAGUAAAAGUAUUUAUUACGCCGAAAAAAAAUAUUUGAGGUGGAAGCGAAAUCGGAUAUUUUGUUGUUAAUUGAUUUGGAACAAGUUAAAAUGAAAAAUUGGACAAAUAACCUAGUAGAAGAAGUAAACUUUAGCUAUCCUUCCUUUAAAGAAAAAUUGUUGGAAGACAUAAGAAGUAAAAAUUUGAAACCUGGAGAUAUCACUACAUAUUUUAUAAAGAAAGAGAAAAUAAUUUGCGUUUUUACCAGCCAAACAUCAUACUGGACAUCAUU